GACUAAUGAUUGCAUCGUUGGUGCUCUUUUGGGACCGGAAGCCAAACUGGCAGGCCAAACUCCUCUAUCUACACCACAACGCAACAAACACUUUUGAAGCUCUUAUCAUUCUCAACAUAAACGCGCCUCCCUACAUGUGUACUGGUGCAGUCAUCGGGAGGCUAAACCCUUCAUGCAAACUGCACACCCACUAUCAUGAAGAAGAAUACAGCUGGUUAUAGCAUACACUCGAGGUAAAAUGGCACAGCGAUUGGGUCGAUUGAACCGAGAAUGUCAGCAGUUACAAGAAUCUCCCCCAGCUGGUGUUUCAUGCUGGCCUGAAGGAGACAAACUUGAUGUAUUCAGUGCAGUAAUUGUUGGUGAUGAGGACACGGUAUACGCUGGAGGAAUAUUCAGACUUGAAGUGGAAGUCCCUGAAAGAUAUCCAUUCUUGCCGCCAAAAGUACGAUUUCUUACAAAGAUUUACCAUCCCAAUAUUGACUCUGCUGGAAGAAUUUGCUUGGACAUUCUAAAACUACCUCCAUCAGGAAGUUGGCGGCCAGCUCACAACCUGGCCAGUGUCCUAACCUCCAUACGUCUUCUUAUGGCUUCUCCAAACCCAAAUGAUCCGUUAAUGACUGAAAUUGCAGAAGAAUAUCAGCUAAAGAAGUCACAGUAUGAAGCCACAGCCAAAGACUGGACAUCUAAAUAUGCCAAAAAUAUGGAAGAAAUAAAACCAGACAAGUCGGUGCAAUCUUCAGCAGCAAAGCGAAGUGUUGGGCUGGAUGAAGAUAUUGAGGCUAAUGAAAAGAAAAUGAAGAGAUAAAUAUUAUUAGCAUAAUUUUCUUUUUUGCAUCUAAUGAAUGCCUCAUUCUUCAAUGUUGAGACAUUUUUAAUAUAUAUUUUUUUAUAUAUACAGUACUGUACUGUGUUUAGUAUUAGAUAUUUAUUUAGAUUUUAUAAUAUGGUUGUUUAGCAUUCUGAAAUUAGUUUUGUAACAAUUAAAAUAUUUCUGUAUUAGUUAAUGCAAAUCGUGAAGUGAGAAACUUUACUGGUGAAAGUGAUCACAAGUUCUGUAUUGUAGGAUGUUGGCUUGAGAAAUUUCCAUCAGGAAAUUUUGUGCUGUAUAGCUCAUGACUACAUGUUUUGUGCAGUCGGUCAUAUAGCUCAUGGCUACAUGUUUUGUGCUGUCGGUC